AGUAUGAGUAACAGGAAAGAACAUGUCAGAAUUACAACCAAGUCCCAGCCAGGCUUCCUGGAGCGGCUGAGCGAGACCUCGGGUGGAAUGUUUGUGGGGCUCAUGACCUUCUUGCUCUCCUUCUACUUAAUUUUUGCCAAUGAGGGCCGCACAGUGAAGAUGGCGACCUUGCUGGCUGAGGGACUCUCGCUGGUGGUGACCCCUGACAGCAUCCACAGUGUGGCUCCGGAGAAUGAGGGGAGGCUGGUGCACAUCCCUGGCGCCUUGCGGACAUCUAAGCUCUUGUCUGAUCCAAACUACGGGGUCCACCUCCCGGCUGUGAAGCUGCGGCGGCACGUGGAGAUGUACCAAUGGGUGGAAACCGAGGAGUCCAGGGAGUACACCGAGGACGGGCAGGUGAAGACAGAGAGGAGGUACUCCUACAACACUGAAUGGAGGUCGGAAAUCGUCAACAGCAGAAACUUUGACCGAGAGAUUGGCCACAAAAACCCCAGUGCGAUGGCCGUGGAGUCAUUCACCGCUACAGCCCCCUUCGUCCAAAUCGGCAGGUUUUUUCUCUCCGCGGGCCUCAUCGACAAAGUGGACAACUUUAAGCCACUGAGCCUGUCCAAGCUGGAGGACCCACACGUGGAUAUCAUUCGCCGGGGGGACUAUUUCUACCACAGUGAAAACCCCAAGUACCCCGAGGUCGGAGACCUGCGUGUCUCGUUUUCCUACGCAGGGCUGAGCGGCAAUGACCCCGACCUGGGCCCAGCUCACGUGGUCACCGUGAUUGCCCGGCAGCGGGGUGACCAGCUGGUCCCGUACUCGACCAAGUCCGGGGACACCUUGCUGCUCCUGCACCACGGGGACAUCUCAGCAGAGGAGGUGUUUCGUCGGGAACAGAAGAGCAACUCCAUGAAGACGUGGGGCCUGCGGGCGGCCGGCUGGGUAGCCAUGUUUGUGGGCCUCAACCUCAUGACGCGGAUUCUCUACACUCUGGUGGACUGGUUCCCCAUCUUCCGAGACCUGGUCAACAUUGGCCUGAAGGCCUUUGCCUUCUGCGUGGCCACCUCGCUGACCUUGCUGACUGUGGCCGCUGGCUGGCUUUUCUACCGGCCCCUGUGGGCGCUUGUCAUCAGCUGCCUGGCCCUGGUGCCCAUCAUCGUUGCUCGAACACGGGUACCGGCCAAAAAGCUGGAGUGA